CUUCAAGAACCACUUCCUACCAGCAUCGUCUCAGUUUAAUCAACUCAAUCACAAUGCACUUUCUAUACCUUCUCGCGGCUCUCGCAGCAACGGCAUCGGCCUCCUUCACCAACAAAUGCCAGUCGUGCAAUCUCAUAAUUAACAAGGCUGAAGCGGGUGUCAUGGGAUGCGAUUGCUUCAAUGACAGCAACAAGCUUGUCAGUUCGGCUCUUCGUUUGUCAACGUGUUUUGCGAAUGCGGAUGGGAAGUUGAUUCCACAGGCAAACGGUAAUUUUGUCAAAAGCUGCUCAGUCGAGGGUCUUUUCCCCUCGUCGCAACGUUCGUUGUUCUUAUCUGUCAAGUGCAAGGACAACAGUGGAAAUGUCCAGAGUGGAUCGUUUGAUAUCAAUGCUGGUAGCACUAUUACGAGCGUGAAUGGGGUUUUGAAGUGCUUUGGGCAGGGGGGUCCGAACUAGAGAGCGUAAAUAGACUAGAGGAAACAGGUGAAUACUUGGAUUGAAGGGUAGCAAUUGAGGGCUAUACGGUCAAAUGGUGUUAGAUACAAGACUUUCUCUUAGACUUCGCAUUGCGAUCGGCAGUAUACGAUCGGUUAAAUACACUAGUACUAGCCGAGAUUUAAAACUAUAUGCAACUAAACGAGAAUGCGAAGGGGCGCAGAACUAUUGAACAUACUUUCAAAAGAAUAAACAUUCCAG